AGAAAAAAUGAAAAUAGGUAUCUUCAAACUUAUUUAACAUGGUGAUAAUUUGUAUAAUAUAUGUACAGUGCCUUCGCCGCUUAUUUGAAGAGAAAGAUUCAAUGCAGGGGCUUAAUAGCCUCAAAUAUUUCUCAACCAUUGUUGCUCUUGUGAUGAGGACACUUUAUGCUCAAAAGAGAGGAACGUUUUGGAGAGUAAUGGCGGCAUCAUCCUCAGGAAUUACUACAGUUGCAAAUACUUACUGGGACAUUGUUAUAGAUUGGGGUUUAUUGCAAAAGAAUUCAAGAAACCGUUGGUUGAGAGACAAACUGCUUGUGCCACACAAGAUUGUCUACUUUGUUGCCAUUGUUCUUGACAUUAUUCUGAGACUAGUAUGGAUGCAGUUGGUUCUUGAUUUUCAAGAACUACCAUUUCUGCACAAGAAAGCAAUGGUUGCAGUAGUUGCCUCUCUAGAGAUCCUUCGCCGAGGCAUGUGGAAUUUUUUCAGGUUGGAAAAUGAGCACUUGAAUAACGUCGGGAAAUAUCGUGCCUUCAAGUCCGUACCAUUGCCUUUUAACUACGAGGAGGACAAGAGUCUAUAACUAUAUUUAGCUGAUACGCAGAAGUCGAAGGAAUCCAGGGUUUUCUUUUCUUUCUUUUUUUUUCUUGUACAAAUUCUUUGAUUCGUUUGUCAAUAUUGGUGUUUAUAAUACAGUUUUUUUCAUGAAAUUAGCAGUGAAGAUAUAGGACCAAAAGAAAGUUGAUUCCAGCCUCUUGAAAACGGUCUUUACGUUGUUGCUUCAGAUUUCUACGUUCUAUAUUGUGUCUGAACUUAAUGUACCAAAAAAUGGUUUAGAUCCGCAAGGGACAUUCUUUAUAUGAAAUGGAAUGGUGCUUGAUAA